CCAGAGCGCUUAUAAUGGAGCCGCUGUCAGCAGAACCUUCUGCUGCUGCCGCUGCCGCCGCCGCCGCCGCCGCCGCCGUCCCUCCUCUUUUUUUUCCCGGCAGAUCUUUGUUGUGUGGGAGGGCAGCAGGGAUGGACUUGAGCUUGCGGAUCCCCUGCUAGAGCAGCCGCGCUCGGAGAAGGCGUCGCAGCCGCGAGGAGGAGCCGCCGCCGCCGCGCCCGAGGCCCCGCCGCCCGCGGCCUCUGUCGGCCCGCGCCCCGCUCGCCCCGUCGCCCUUUGCCUCCCCGCAGAGUCCCCUCGCGGCAGCAGAUGUGUGUGGGGUCAGCCCACGGCGGGGACUAUGGUGAAAUUCCCGGCGCUCACGCACUACUGGCCCCUGAUCCGGUUCUUGGUGCCCCUGGGCAUCACCAACAUAGCCAUCGACUUCGGGGAGCAGGCCUUGAACCGGGGCAUUGCUGCUGUCAAGGAGGAUGCAGUUGAGAUGCUGGCCAGCUACGGGCUGGCGUACUCCCUCAUGAAGUUCUUCACGGGUCCUAUGAGUGACUUCAAAAAUGUGGGCCUGGUGUUUGUGAACAGCAAGCGAGACAGGACCAAAGCCGUCCUGUGUAUGGUGGUGGCCGGGGCCAUCGCUGCCGUCUUUCACACACUGAUAGCUUAUAGUGAUUUAGGAUACUACAUUAUCAAUAAACUGCACCACGUGGACGAGUCGGUGGGGAGCAAGACGAGAAGGGCCUUCCUGUACCUCGCCGCCUUUCCUUUCAUGGAUGCAAUGGCAUGGACCCAUGCUGGCAUUCUCUUAAAACACAAAUACAGUUUCCUGGUGGGAUGUGCCUCAAUCUCAGAUGUCAUAGCUCAGGUUGUUUUUGUAGCCAUUUUGCUUCACAGUCACCUGGAAUGCCGGGAGCCCCUGCUCAUCCCCAUCCUCUCCUUGUACAUGGGCGCACUUGUGCGCUGCACCACCCUGUGCCUGGGCUACUACAAGAACAUCCACGACAUCAUCCCCGACAGAAGCGGCCCGGAGCUGGGGGGAGAUGCAACAAUAAGAAAGAUGCUGAGCUUCUGGUGGCCUUUGGCUCUCAUUCUGGCCACACAGAGAAUCAGUCGGCCUAUUGUCAACCUGUUUGUUUCCCGGGACCUUGGUGGCAGUUCUGCAGCCACAGAGGCUGUGGCGAUUUUGACAGCCACGUACCCCGUGGGUCACAUGCCAUACGGCUGGUUGACGGAGAUCCGUGCUGUCUAUCCUGCUUUCGACAAGAAUAACCCCAGCAACAAACUGGUGAGCACGAGCAACACAGUCACGGCAGCCCACAUCAAGAAGUUCACCUUCGUCUGCAUGGCUCUGUCACUCACGCUCUGUUUCGUGAUGUUUUGGACACCCAACGUGUCCGAGAAAAUCUUGAUAGACAUCAUUGGAGUGGACUUUGCCUUUGCAGAACUCUGUGUUGUUCCUUUGCGGAUCUUCUCCUUCUUCCCAGUUCCAGUCACAGUGAGGGCGCAUCUCACUGGGUGGCUCAUGACGCUGAAGAAAACCUUCGUCCUGGCCCCCAGCUCUGUGCUGCGGAUCAUCGUCCUCAUCGCCAGCCUCGUGGUCCUGCCCUACCUGGGGGUGCACGGUGCAACCCUGGGUGUGGGCUCCCUCCUGGCGGGCUUUGUGGGAGAAUCCACCAUGGUCGCCAUCGCCGCGUGCUAUGUCUACCGGAAGCAGAAAAAGAAGAUGGAGAACGAGUCGGCCACGGAGGGGGAAGACUCCGCCAUGACGGACAUGCCUCCGACAGAGGAGGUGACAGACAUCGUGGAAAUGAGAGAAGAGAAUGAAUAAGGCACGGGACGCCAUGGGCACUGCAGGGACAGUCAGGAUGACACUUCGGCAUCAUCUCUUCCCUCUCCCAUCGUAUUUUGUUCCUUUUGUUUGUUUUGUUUUGGUGAUGAAAGAGGCCUUGAUUUAAAGGUUUCGUGUCAAUUCUCUAGCAUACUGAGUAUGCUCACACUGACGGGGGGACCUGGUGAAUGGUCUUCACUGUUGCUAUGUAAAAACAAGCGCAACAACUGACUUCAUGCCCUGCCUCACGAAAACCCAGAAGACACAGCUGCCUCACGCUCGACGGUGUGUCCUCCUCCCCUGGACAAUCUCCUCUUGGAACCAAAGGACUGCAGCUGUGCCGUCGCCUCUCGGGCACCCUGCACAGCAGGCCACAGACUCUCCUGUGCCCCUUCAUCGCUCUUAAGAAUCAACAGGUUAAAACUUGGCUUCCUUUGAUUUGCUUCCCAGUCACAUGGCCGUACAAAGAGAUGGAGCCCCGGUGGCCUCUUAAAUUUCCCUUCCGCCAUGGAGUUCAAACCCAUCUACUCCACACAUGCAGGAGGCGGGCGGCAGGCUGCAGCCCGGAGUCCCCGUUCACACUGAGGAACGGGGAGACCUGUGACCACAGCGGGCUGACAGACGGACAUAAUCUCCCGUAGAAAGGUUGGAAAUGCCCCGGGGACAGCAAACUGACACGGUUGAAUGAUAGCAUAUCACUCUGUGUUCUCCUAGAUCCGAGCGAGCUGUCAGUUCUCACCCCCACCGUGUAUAUACAUGAGCUAACUCUUUUAAGUUGUCACAAAAGCGCAUCUCCAGUUUCCAGCCCCUGCCGCAUGACUUUUCCUGAAGGCUUGCUUUUCCCUCGCCUUUCCUGAAGGUCGCACUAGAGCGAGUCACAUGGAGCGUUCUAACUUUGCAUUUUAGUUUUUCCAGUGAACUGAAGCUUUAAGUCUCAUCCAGCAUUCUAAUGCCAGGUUGCUGUAGGGUAACUUUUGAAGUAGAUGUAUUACCUGGUUCUGCCAUCCUUAAGUCGUAACUCUGCGGUACAGGUAAUUCAGAAUGUACUAUGGUACUUCCCUCCCACACCAUACGAUAAAACAAGACAUUUUAUGAUGAUACCAGAGUCACUAUGUGGUCCUCCCCGAAAUAACACAUUCGAAAUCCAUGCAGUGCAGUAUAUUUUUCUAAGUUUUGGAAAGCAGGUUUUUUCCUUUAAAAAAUUAUAGACACAGUUCACUAAAUUGUUGAUUUAGUCAAAAUUCCUAGACUGAAAGAACCUAAACAAAAAAAUAUUUUAAAGAUAUAAAUAUAUGCUGUAUAUGUUAUGUAAUUUAUUUUAGGCUAUAAUACAUUUCCUAUUUUCGCAUUUUCAAUAAAAUGUCUCUAAUACAA